AUGGAAUCGCUCGAGAAGACGCUCCGCUCGGUCCUCCAACCGCUCACCCACAACCUUCCACCACCGGUCCGCAACACCGCAACGCAACUCCUCGGCGAAUCAUGCUACCGCUCGCUCGUCCACACGGUCAACCUCACGGACACUGUGUGCCUCAAACUCGCAGUCUCAAAGGGCCUGGGCAUCGGCAUCAUCGGCGCCAGCAGCAUUGUCAAAAUCCCACAAUUGCUUAAGCUGCUUAACUCGCAGUCGGCGGAGGGCAUCAGCUUCCUCUCAUAUCUGCUGGAGACGGCCAGCUACCUUAUUACGUUGAUGUACAACAUCCGUAAUGGAUUCCCGUUCUCGACGUACGGAGAGGUGGCCUUGAUCGCGGUUCAGAACAUCGCGAUCAGUGUCUUGAUUCUGCAGUACUCUGGCAAGACACCUGCUGCAGCGGCUUUCGUCGCUGGUCUCGCAGCAGCGGGAUACGUGAUGUACGACCAGAGCAUUGUGUCCGCCAGCACACUGCAGUAUCUCCAAGGCGGCGCCGGACUGUUAGGGGUUGCAAGCAAGCUACCACAAAUCAUCACCAUCUUCGCGGAAGGAGGCACGGGUCAGCUAAGCGCUUUCGCAGUGUUCAACUACCUGGCUGGCUCGCUGGCAAGAGUCUUCACAACACUACAGGAGGUGGACGACAACUUGAUCCUGUACGGAUUCAUGGCUGCGUUCGUGCUCAACGCCAUUCUGGCGGCGCAGAUGGUGUACUACUGGAACAGCCCAAAGAGCAAGGAUACUGCGCAGGCCAAGCUGCAGCCGAAGGGCAAGGACGCGAUCGCGCAGUCUACUGGCGUGCAGAAGAGCAAGGGCAAGAAUAGCCCUUCAACAAGACGUCGAGGCUGA